UAGCUUAUCUAUUGACACAGUUUCAAGUAACCUCCUCAUAAGACUACAGACUAUAAACAGUGAGGGACGUACCGUUAGUUGGCUGCAAGUUGCUUCCCAUCAUGCUUUGUACUUUUAUCGCCAUUGUUCUCUGUGGGCUAGUGCCCGUCAGGACACAGGUUACACAUGGUCACAUAUGGGAAACUCUCUUCACUUAUCUGGACCCAAAUGGCGAUGGUCAAAUUACCUUGAACGAACUUACAACAGCAAGUGAAGGAGUCGACACUGAUGGUGACCGGGUUGUGACCAAGUCAGACUUCAGGAGCAUCUGGGAUGCCUUAACUGCUGGCGCCCAUGAUGCGUCUGCCACUCGCCAGGCGGGAGAACUCUUGUUUUCUUACAUCACCCAUGGCGCGGACACAGUUUCUCCAUCAGCCUUUUCACAGAAGUUGUUUUCUUUCCUUGAUUCUAAUGGUGACGGCCUCGUUUCUAAGCAAGAGUUUCUGCAAGCCUGGGUUAAAAUACAUCCACAAAGUGGAUCUCGAACUUCCCCAGCACCAUGAGCAUGUUCCUCGUCCAUCAGCUCUGUAAAGGCAAACCGUCUAGUUUGAAUGUACCUCUUUUCCAAACAAUAAACUGACUGAACACUUGUAAA